AUGCAAUGAAUGCAUACCAACGUACAAAACUACAAACCAAUAAUGAACCGGAUAAUGGGAUCAUAACACCUUCAUCCCGUCGUUUUGGCAAAAGCAUAGAGAUCAGAAACACUUGUUGGAAAUGGCCAUUUCGAAGCUCAAUCUGUAUACACAUACAUGUCGUCAACAUUUCCAGAAUACUGUUCCGUUUCCAGUCAUCUCCAAAUCGUCAAACUUCAGCGUCAAAACUGAACUCAGGUUCCCCUAUUCCCCCACAAUUCAAGAUGUUAGGAUUAGGUUUCACAGCUUCAUUUGUAGUUCAAAUUCUACUCUAGGGAACGAAAUCUUGGUCCCAACCGGACACGGGAAUACCUGGAAAAGUGAAAAUGAGAUUCUUGGCAGUUUGCGGAAUUGGGUCGAUUUUAUCAAUUCCGUGUUCCCCGGAGGAAGUUGGUGGAGUUUACGCGAUUGUAAAGAAGAAGAUGGUUAUCCGAAUGAGGAAAAGCCGAUUACUGGUUUGAAUGCUCUUUGUAGAAUGUGGGAAUUUAUAGCGGAUGGUAAAUGGGCAAUAUACACGGGGUUUGGUGCUUUAACUGUUGCGGCGCUUGCAGAAAUCAGAAUUCCAAGUGUAUUGGCAGCAUCCAUCUUUUCGGCACAGAGAGGCGAAACUAUGUUGUUGUACAGAAACUUGAAGCUCUUGGUUUUGCUAUCUUUAAUCUCAGGAAUAUGCAGUGGGUUGCGGCGUGGCUGUUUGGGAUAUGCGAAUACUACAAUGCUUAAGAAUCUGAGAAAAAGGUUGUUUGGUUCUGUUCUUUCUCAGGAUAUAUCCUUUUUUGACAGACGGCCGGUCGGUGAAUUGACAAGCAGGCUUGGAACAGAUUGCCAAAGACUAUCGAACACUAUUGGAAACGAUAUACAUAUGAUGGUGAGAAGUACAAUUCAGGGAACAGGUGCAUUGAUCCACUUAAUGUCUUUGUCAUUGCCACUUGCCUUAUCGACAAUAAUUAUAUGCUUUGUCCUAUCAACCGUCUUUCUUGUCUAUAGCCGGUACCAAAAGAAAGCAGCAAAGCUUACACAAGAAUUCACUGCUCUUACUGUUGAAGCUGCUCAAGAAGCAUUUUCUUUGGUGAGAACAAUCCGUACUUAUGGAAUGGAAAGAGAGGAGGAACAAAGGUUUAACCAUUGCCUACAGAGGCUAGCUUGUGUUGGGAUGAGAGAAAGUGUUGCAAAUGGAUUUUGGAAUCUCAGUUUCAAUGGUUUAUACCGCUCAACACAGGUUUUUGCAGUCAUGUUGGGAGGAAUGUCUAUAAUGACCGGUCACAUUUCAGCUGAACAACUUACAAAAUAUGUUUUGUACUGUGAAUGGUUAAUUUUUGCUGCUUGGAGGGUCCAGGACAACAUGUCAUCAUUUCUCCAGUCCGUUGGAGCCUGUGAAAAGGUUUUUCAGUUGUUGGAUCUCUUUCCAAGUGAUCAACACCUGUCUCAAGUAGUGAAAAGGCUAACAAGAAGUAUACAGUUUGUGAAUGUGUCCUUUCAGUACCCCUCCAGAAAAAUGGUGCCCUGCCUGAAAAAUGUCAGCUUCUCAAUUCAAGCUAAUGAAGUAACUGCAAUUGUUGGUUCCAGUGGUAGUGGGAAAAGUACGUUAAUCAACCUUUUGCUUCGCCUCUAUGAACCAACUGAUGGCCAAAUUAUGAUUGAUGAUUUUGCGCUUAGAGAGCUGGACAUAAGCUGGCUGAGAAGAAACAUUGGAUAUGUUGGACAGGAGCCCCACCUUUUCCAUUUGGAUAUCAAGUCAAACAUAAGUUAUGGGUGCUCCAAAUCUGCAACUCGGGAAGACAUAGAACGGGCUGCAAAGCAGGCAUACGCACAUGAAUUCAUAUGUUCACUUCCCCAUGGCUAUGACACAAUUGUCGAUGAUCAUCUGUUAAGUGGAGGCCAAAAGCAACGCAUUGCCCUUGCCAGGGCCAUUCUUAGAGACCCUACUAUUUUGAUCCUUGAUGAGGCUACUAGUGCCCUGGAUGCAGAAAGUGAAUACUACAUCAAGGAAUUUCUUCAUGCUCUUAAACAUGAUAAUGAUGGUGCUAAUGCAAGUAGAAGUGUGAUUGUGAUAGCAAACAGGUUGUCUAUGAUAGAAGUUGCUGAUAAAGUAGUGGUUUUGGAUAGGGGAGAAGUUGUUGAGAUGGGUACCCACUGUGAUCUGAUUAGGCAGAAUGGGAUGUAUGCCAAGAUUGUAAAGAUGCAAACUGACAUGCUGCCUUAACAAACAACUGUAUUAUCUAUCACUCUAAGCCAUUAAUUAAAACUGCAGAACCAAACAAAAGUGCUACAAGCUAAGCAAGCAACAGAGAAGUAUUUGAAGGUAGAUUAUAUUAUAUGGUUUUGUGGUUGUGGGAAUCAUUGAUUGUUACUACAGUUUCUCCAGGGCUUCAGUGUUGAAGUCAUUUGGCUGUGGAAGCUGUUGGUGAGGGAGGCGUUUGAUUUCCUCCCCUGCUUUCUUGUUAUUGCUGCUUUCUUCUGUCCACUUGCUUUGGGGCUUGCCGCCUUCAUCA